AUGUCAGGGAUAAAGUCCGUGAGAAGGAAAAGCAGUACCACGCAUAUCUCUAUCGAAAAGACGGCUGACAACUGGCAACGCUAUCACAUAGCGAAGAAACAGGCGAAGAAGGCCGUUGCUUCUGAGAAGGCAGCUCAUUAUGCCGACCUUAAUAAGAAGCUCGAGUCUCGUGAUGGUGAGCGGUACGUUUACCGACUCGCAAAGACCCGCAACCGCCAGACCGAGGAUAUAGAAAAGUUCUUCGGCAUAAAUGACGAGAACGGUCACUUCUUAACGGACCGCAGGCAAACACUAAAACGAUGGCGAGAGUACUUCGCAAACAUCUCAACAGUCGAAUUCGCUCAUCCCGCCAUCCCGUGCGCCCCGCCAGUACACGGUCCCGUUCAGAAGAUAACUGUGAAUGAGACCAUUACGGCUUUGAAGAAGAUGAAAUCAGGCAAAGCACAGGUCCUGACGACAUAG